AUGGUCAACGCGUUGACUUCGGUGUCGUUCAAGUCGUCCGAGGAGCUCGCGCAACCUGAUACAGUGCUCGUUGGGAAAGAGCUAUGGGAUAGAUUGCGGAGUACGGACAGUGAACUGGAUGCGGGUAGAGUCGCUGUGUCCAUCUCGCCUCUGAGUUCGGCUUGGGCUGCUGCUUCGCGGCCUCCGGCGUCUCCUCUGUUGUCUGUGGUAUGCUGGGCCAGACUCGGAGAGGAAGAAGGGCUCGUAGUCCCGUCCGAAUGGCUCAAACGCCACGACCGCGUCUUCAGCUCACUCUCCUCCCUCUCUUCCACAAACGGACCCUCGCACACCCUGACACCCGUCACCCUCAUCACGCUCAAGGAAGUCAUAGUACAAGCGCACACAACGUCCGCAUAUACAGCCGCAACACCCGACACCGACGCGUUCGAAGAGUGGCUAUGCCGCGAUGAAAGGGUGUUGAGGCAGCAGUCUAGCUACGCUGUACCCGCGCCCGAACUUGCAGGGUCGGCAGCUACGCAGGAUGAUGCGGUGUUUAAGUACCGCAUCCUCAUGACGGACCCCGUCUUGCAAGGCGUCGCGCGAUACGGCUCAACAUCAUUCGUCCUUCUCCCUCCUCCACGCGAAGAACCCCUCGCGAACGGAAGCGCCAACGGCCACGCCGAGCCUCUACCAUCUGGAUUAUCGACACCUAGCACCGAAGAAUUGUCUGCGGAAGGAGACUUUGAGAUUGACGAGAACUUCUUGUCGAGCUCGUUGCUUGAAGCGCCAUUAUCCGGCCAGGUUGACGGAGUUGGGGGUGCUGCGUCGCCGAGGGUGGUCGGGUUUGAGGUCGAACCGCUGAGGGCGCCUAUAGCGUUUGAGGAGGAUGGACAUACGGUAUACAUCAGGACUGUUGAUCUGUCGAGGUUGGGGCUGUUGGAUGCGGAUUGGGCGAUCUUGCGGGCAGAGUCGUCCUCCUCCGGCCGUGUAGUCUCUGUUCGCGCGUGCGACGAUGUUGCGCCUGUAGUCGGAACCCUCCGCGCAUCCCCAAUCCUCCUCCACAACCUCCUCAAACACCCCUCCCGCCCUCCAAAAGUCUACCUCCAACCCCUCCCUUCAAGCCUGCGCACGCGCACCCUCCCCACCGCGCAAUCAGUGACCAUCGCGCGCGUCGCGUCGAAAGUGUCUGUCAACAAACUGUACCAGCCGCUCGUACUGGAUGCGUUGAAGGCGCACUUCAGUUCCGGGAGGAGAUUGGUGCGGCAGGGAGAUUUGAUUGUGGUUAGGGUGGAUCUGCAGAGGGCGCAUUUGUUGAGUGCGUUGCCGGAUGGCGAACACUUGAACAGCGCAGCAGGGUCCAGUGCUAAUUCGAACGCGGAAGAACUGGUCUACUUCGCCGUCACGAACGUAGACUGCCGCUCGCAGCUGAACGGACACGCGAACGGAUACUCGGAGUUGAGCGUUGGGUACGGGUCCGGAGAGCUGGGGUGUUGGGUGGAUGUUCAGGAGACGAGGAUGGUGCAGACUGGCGUUGAACAUGCGAGGGUGCCGGAUGCUGCUGCGUACAUGGGACUUAACAUUGCUCGCAGUGGCGAAGGCGGAGCGCGGAACAACGCGCUCGCGUAUGUGCAAAUGUAUGCGCUCGCAUCGGCUGCGUUGGUCAAGAAUGCGCUGUCGUACGACUUACCCGUGUCGUUCCUGUUGAAGGGAGCGAGGGGGAUAGGGAAGGCGACGACGGUUUUGGAGAUCGCGAGGCGGCUGGGGCUUCAUCCGUACGAGCUCAACUGCUAUGAUCUGCUAGGUGAUACGGAUGCGAAGACGGAGGGCAUACUCCGCGCGCGGUUCGAGCAGGUCGCGUCGUGUUCACCGUGCGCGCUUAUCCUGAGGAAUCUGGAUGCGUUUGCGCAGAGUACGCAGGCACCGGAACCGGGAAAUGAACCUGCCAUCGUGAACGUCCUGAAGGACUUGUUAGCCGACUUUGCCGGGUCUUGGCGACUUUCGGGAUACCCUAUCCUCGUCUUUGGGACCACUGCGGAACACGGACGUGUACCGUCGGGAUUGUUGAACUGCUUCAAGCAUGAAGUGGAGUUCAACGCUCCUGACGAGAAUGAGCGCGCGGCCAUCUUGUCUUCGUUGCUCGCGACGAGGACUCUGGCGCCAGAUGUGUCCAUUCCAGAUUUGGCGAGGAAGACGGCCGCUUUCGUCGCUGGCGACCUUGUAUCGCUGAUUAACCGCACAGACAUGGCCGCUAUAGCCCGAGCAAGCACCUCAACCGAUGCUAUCCACACACCCACUUCCAUCUUCUCCGCCGGCCUCGCACUCACCCAAUCCGACUUCGACCUCGCGCUCGACUCUGCCCGCUCAGCCUACAGCGCGAACAUCGGCGCACCCAAGAUCCCGAACGUAUCAUGGGACGACGUCGGUGGUCUCGGAUCCGUGAAGGCGGAUAUACUCGAUACGAUCCAGCUCCCCCUUGAGCGCCCUGAUCUGUUCGCGAGCGAUCUCAAGAAACGGUCGGGUAUCUUACUAUACGGCCCGCCCGGCACCGGCAAGACGUUACUCGCCAAAGCCGUUGCGACGAGCUUCAGUCUGAACUUCUUCAGCGUCAAAGGACCCGAGCUCUUGAACAUGUACAUCGGCGAGAGCGAGGCGAACGUGCGGCGCGUGUUCCAGAGAGCGCGGGACGCGCGGCCGUGUGUGGUGUUCUUCGACGAGCUGGACAGUGUUGCGCCGAAGAGGGGCGCGCAUGGGGAUUCGGGGGGUGUGAUGGAUAGGAUCGUGUCCCAGUUGUUGGCGGAGCUUGAUGGGAUUGCGUCGGGGAAGGGCGGGGAUGUGUUUGUUAUUGGGGCUACCAAUAGGCCGGAUCUGUUGGAUCCUGCGCUAUUACGGCCUGGGCGGUUCGAUCGUAUGCUGUACCUCGGCGUCAGCGAUACCCACCUCGCACAACUCCGCAUCCUCCAAGCCCUCACACGGCGCUUCAAACUCUCGCCCACACUCGACCUGUCCCAAGUAGCCGAGCGCUGCCCCUUCAACUUCACAGGCGCAGACUUCUACGCUCUAUGCACCGACGCUCUCCUCAAAGCCAUGACGCGCACCGCCGGCCAAGUCGAUGCCAAACUCGCAAAGAUCAACGCGAGCGGAGAGGCGAUACCGGGCCAUCCGUUCCCGCUUACACCGCAGUACUUUUUGAGUGAGAUGGCGGGGCCUGAGGAUGUUGAGGUGCAGGUAUCGCAGGAGGACUUCGACGCGGCGCUUGAUGAGUUGCAGCCGAGUGUGUCGGCGGCUGAGAUGGCGCAUUAUGCGAAGAUCCAGGAGAGGUUUUCGCGCAAGCCUGAUGAGAGGCGGGAUGGCGAUGAUGAAGAGGAGAGGUAG